AUGUCAUAUAUAUCCAAUCAAGAUGAUUAUCAUACAUCAUCAAGUUCAAAUACAGCCCAGUCCUUAGCAUCAAACUAUCAAGGUUCUACUACAACUAGUACAGAACAACCACCACAACUGCUGCCACAACUGCUGCCACAGCAGCAACAACAAGUACAAUCUCAAUCUCCUAUGGUUAAUCCUGGAUCUGCUCCUAAUACCCCUACAAGAACUACUACAGUCCCUAAAGCUACAAUUAACCCCAGUGCUACCACAUCAAAUACUGCAAGUCAUCAACAUCAACAGGAACAAGAAUUAUUAUCUGGUUAUACAGUGCCUAACCCUCCUGUAUCAACUCAACAAUCAAGUGUUAUAGCUGCCGCAGCUGCUGCUGCAUCCACAUCUGAAUUAGAUCAAUCUCCUACUGGUCCUAACGCUGGUGAAAUUGAAAAACCAAGGACGUUAUGGAUGGGAGAUUUAGAUCCUUGGUUAGAUGAACAAGGAAUUGUUGAUCUUUGGUGGAAUAUACUACAAAAGAAAGUUACAGUUAAAAUAAUAAGACCUAAAAUAACUAAACCUGAUCCUAAUUAUCAAGGUUUAACUAAUUCAGGAUAUUGCUUUGUAGAAUUUGAAUCUUUUGAAGAUGCUCAACAAGCCCUUUCAUUAAAUGGACAAUUAUUACCUGAUGUUGCCAUGCCAUCACAACAAAAUUUCCCAAAUAAUCCAGAUAAUCAAAAGAAAUAUUUCCGAUUGAAUUGGGCAAGUGGUGCAACAUUAACCGCUCCAAUUGUUCAAUCUCCUGAAUAUUCAUUAUUUGUUGGUGAUUUAUCAGCAUCAACUACUGAAGCUCAUUUAUUAGCAUUCUUUCAGAAAAAUUUCCCCAAUUCAAUUAAAACUGUCAGAGUUAUGACUGAUCCAAUAUCUGGAAAAUCAAGAUGUUUUGGAUUUGUUAGAUUUACUGAUGAACUGGAAAGACAAAGAGCAUUGGUUGAAAUGAAUGGGGUUUGGUUUGCAGGUAGACCAUUAAGAGUUGCAUUAGCAACUCCUAGAACUAAUACCAGAAAUAAAUAUUUAAACCCUCAACAGCAACAACAACAAGAUUAUGGUUUAGGUCUUGGAGGUCCACCUCCUGGAUCGGGUGCACCACCACCUUCUCAAGCACCUCCAAAUGUUGGACAACAAGAAAUGAUGUAUAUGUCACCCGUGCCUCCUCCAAUGCCUCCACCAAGUGGAUCAGGACAAAUGAGAAAUGCUCCUUUGUAUGGAUAUUAUGGAAAUCAACAAUCUCUAGAUAUGUUACAACAACAAGCCGAAAUGGAAGCAUAUGGUGGUGGUGGAGUUGGAGGUGGUGGAGGAAUGGGGAUGGACUUAAUGACAAGUCCUUCACAGCAAUUGUCACAACAAUUAGGUCCUGGUGGUCAAUCAAAUGCUCAACAGCCAUUUGCUGAUCCUAAUAACACCACAGUUUUUGUCGGUGGAUUAUCUUCGGAAGUCACUGAACCUACAUUAUUCACAUUAUUUAAACCGUUUGGAAUUAUUCAACAAGUGAAAAUCCCUCCCGGGAAGAAUUGUGGAUUUGUGAAAUAUUCAACUCGAGAAGAAGCUGAAGAAGCCAUUGCUGCAAUGCAAGGAUUCAUCAUCGGUGGGAAUAGAGUUAGAUUAAGUUGGGGACGAGUUUCAGCCGCUAAUAAGAAAUUCCAACAACAACAACAGCUGCAACAACAACAUCACCAUCAUCAACAACAACAACAGCAAGUUGCACAAAUGCAAGUCGCAGCCGCAUUAUCAAUGGGAUUAGAUCCAAAUAUGGCAGCAGCAAUGGGUGUUCCAUAUCCCCCACCACCAAUUCCUCCACAGGGAAGUGCUGGCGGUGGACCGCCCCCACCACAAAUGGGUUCAAUGCCUACUCAUCCAAUGGGUAUGCCCCAUCCUCCACCAACAUCCAUACACCAUCCAUUCCAAGACAUGUCAAAAGAUUCCGAUUCGUCCUAUGAUUCAAGAAAUACAGCAUUGUCUCCACCGUUUUAUAUCCCUCUACAUGGACAUCCACCACCACCUCCUCCUCCACAUCAUAGUGGUCCUCCUCCUCCACAUGGAAUUCAUGCUGGUCCGCCUAUGGAGUUUAUGUAUCCUCCAACUGUCCCCGAUGAAGAUUUUAUCAAUGCGAUGAGAGGGGUGAAUUUGGAUGAUAGUGAGUAUGUUGAUGAAAGUGGAAGAUAUUCGCGGUUUGAAGAGCAGGAUGAUGGGGGAAGUGGGGGAGAAGAUAAUGAUGGAGGGAAUGAUGGGUUGGAAACCCAACAAGAGAAUGGAAAUGAUGAGAAUAAGGAAUAG